ACCGGGUCCGCCAGUGGGAUCUAGGAAAUGUUGGGAGAGUUCAGGGGCCGCCCGCUGAGGAAAGGAGGAGGAGGAGGAGGAGGAGGAGAGGAGAAGAAGAAUACGAAAGGAGGAGGAGGAGGAGAGGAAGAAGAAGAAGAUGAAGGAAAGAGGUGGAGGAGGCUUCACCACGGUGGCCAGAGCAGCUUCACGGGCAACCACGAUGGGGAGGGCUUCUCGACGGGGCAGCUCGACGGAGACAACGAUUGGCAGCUUGACGGGGAGGAGCAGCGACGAUGGGCGGGCUUCGCGACGGCAGCAACGACGAGCGAGGUUCGUGACGGCAGCGACGACAAGCGAGGCGAGGAGCUGGUGGAGGAGCCACAGAGAGGAAAAGAAAUAGUUUGCAAGCAUGGUGUGAACAUGCCUGCAAAAUUCAAGUUCAAACUCUGUCUGGUGGCGAAGGGAAGCAAAGCUGGACCGAAAAAGAUGUGGAAAGAGAACUUCGUAUGUGGUGCGUUGGCCUCUCUGAUGUCCAAGGUCAUUCUACAGCCAUUCGACAUGAUGAAGACUAUCCUGCAGGGACCGGCGGCAGUCAGAGGGAGCUAUGAAAACAUUAUGGACUGUAUGAUUGGUAUAGCAAGAAAGCAAGGACCUAUGGGAUUCUAUGCUGGGUUCGUGGCAUCAGUUGCCACCUCAGCCCCAUCAUCAGCAGUGUUCUUCACAACCUAUGAGUUUGUGAAACAACUCUUGGAGGACCGAACCCACUCCUGUGAAAAGCGCCGAGGGCUGGUCAAAUGCUCCAGCAGCAGUCAAUGGCUACCACCCAUGGUUGGCGCUGUCGUUGGAAACAUGUUCGCAAGCGUUGUUCGCGUUCCUCCGGAGCUAGUCAAGCAGCAAGUGCAGGCAGGAAUCUACAGUGGGCUAGGAGAGGCAGUCCAUCACAUAUGGACCACCGAAGGGUUUCGAGGGUUUUACAGAGGCUACGCUGUUCAGGUUGCCAGGGACAUCCCAUAUGCGGUUGUGCAGUUCUCUAUCUAUGAAGCUUUCAGGCGAUCAUUUAUUGCUAAACAGAAAGCUGAGAAGUUGCACAAUAGCGAAAUAGGACUAGAACAGAGCAACAUCAUCAGGACACUUUGGGUUGGAGCGAUCGCAGGAGCAGCAGCAAGCAUCUUAACAACACCAAUCGAUGUUGCAAAGACUAGAGUCAUGACACAGAGCAUCUCUGAACCUGGACCUGUACGAUAUGUUGGUGCCAGGCAGGCAAUCCUCCAAGUAUGGAAGGAAGAGGGAGCAGUAGGACUUGGAAGAGGGAUGGUACCCCGUGUUCUCUACAAGGUUGCCGCGUCUGCUGUUUUCCUUGUGGCGUACGAAACUGCAAAAAAUAUUGCUCACUCUCUCACAAACUUGGCAUCCAUCAUUGGCAACAAGGAGGUGGAGGAGGCUGGACAGGAUUGUCACUCAUUCUGGCUUCACCUCAGCAGGAACUGAAGUUGCCGAGCUCCUUAUCAUAUGUGGAUAAUCAAGGUGUGCACCCAUG